UCCACUUCCCCCGGGUGAAAUGGGCCUUGGUCGGGCGUCUGUUUGACUAGAGGGAUUUGGGAGGCUGGACCGAGCGGAUCGUGCGCGGGGGCUGAGGUUUAGCUUCCCGGCCCCCGCCCCCGCCUUUGCCUUUCUUCAGUCGCUGACAGCCAGAACGGCAGAUCUCUUGGGUGGCAGGUAAUCGCUGCUUCACGAACGUGAAGGGGCGUCAAACCCUGCCGUUCUUCGCCUGCAUGCACCAACUUGGGGCCAGCUCCCAGAAGAAAACUUUGUGCAUGCUCAGGCUGAGACCUUAGGACCAUUUCUUUGCGGAGAGCAGCUCAAAGAAACCCUCCAGAGAUGCGCUUCUGAGGCUCCCUUCCCUCAGCGCCCAGGGAGGCAGGCAGGCAGGCAGGAUGUCCCCGGCAGGCUGGGAGGCCCUGGUGGCCCUGGCGGCGGUGGCCUGCCUGGCCGAGGGGGUGCGCGGCGGCUACGGCUUGGAUAUGUUCGCCCUGCAUACGGCACCACAGCCGGACCCCUGCUACGACGAAAACGGGCAGCCGCGGCGCUGCAUCCCGGACUUCGUCAACGCCGCCUUCGGCAAGGAGGUCAAGGUGUCGAGCACCUGCGGCCGCCCCCAGUCCCGCUACUGCGUGCUGGCCGAGAAGGGCGAGGAGCGCAGCCGCACGUGCCACCUGUGCGACGCCGCCGACCCGAAGCGCGCCCACCCGGCCUCCUACCUGACCGACCUCAACAACCCGCACAACCUGACCUGCUGGCAGUCGGAGAGCUUCGUGCAGCACCCGCUCAACGUGACGCUGGUGCUGGCGCUGGGCAAGAAGUUCGAGGUGACCUACGUCAGCCUGCAGUUCUGCUCGCCGCGCCCGGAGUCCAUGGCCAUCGCCAAGUCGAUGGACGGCGGCAAGACGUGGGUGCCCUUCCAGUUUUACUCCACGCAGUGCCGCAAGAUGUACAACAAGCCCAGCCGCGCCACCAUCACCAAACAAAACGAGCAGGAAGCCAUCUGCACCGACUCACACACCGACAUGCGGCCCCUGAGCGGGGGGCUCAUCGCUUUCAGCACCCUCGACGGCCGGCCCUCGGCGCACGACUUCGAUAACUCGCCUGUCCUGCAGGACUGGGUCACGGCCACCGACAUCAAGGUGGUCUUCAGCCGCCUCCACACCUUCGGCGACGAGAACGAGGACGACUCCGAGCUGGCGCGCGACUCCUACUACUACGCUGUCUCUGACCUCCAGGUGGGCGGCCGCUGCAAGUGCAACGGGCACGCCUCCCGCUGCGUCCGCGACCGCGACGACCACCUGGUCUGCGACUGCAAGCACAACACCGCCGGGCCCGAGUGCGACCGCUGCAAGCCUUUCCACUACGACCGGCCUUGGCAGAGGGCCACCGCCCGCGAGGCCAACGAGUGCGUCGCUUGUAACUGCAACCUGCAUGCCAGAAGGUGUCGUUUUAACAUGGAACUCUACAAAUUAUCUGGUCGCAAGAGUGGAGGUGUCUGCCUUAAUUGCCGACACAACACAGCUGGUCGUCACUGCCACUAUUGUAAAGAAGGCUACUAUCGCGACAUGACCAAACCCAUCACUCACAGGAAAGCAUGCAAAGCAUGUGAUUGCCAUCCCGUGGGUGCAGCUGGAAAAACCUGUAAUCAAACUACAGGGCAAUGUCCCUGCAAAGAUGGUGUGACGGGCAUCACUUGUAACCGAUGUGCCAAAGGCUACCAGCAAAGCAGAUCUCCCAUUGCCCCCUGCAUAAAGAUUCCUGUUGUUCCUCCUACCACUGUGGCCAGCAGCACAGAAAAGCCUGCAGAUUGUGAAUCCUACUGCAAGGCAUCCAAAGGGAAGCUGAAGAUAAACAUGAAGAAGUAUUGCAAGAAAGACUAUGCUGUCCAGAUCCACAUCCUGAAAGCAGAUAAAGCUGCAGAAUGGUGGAAGUUCACAGUCAAUAUCAUCUCUGUGUACAAGCAAGGGACGAAUCGGAUACGGCGUGGUGACCAGAUCCUCUGGAUACGCUCCAAGGACAUUGCCUGCAAGUGUCCCAAGAUCAAGCCUAUGAAGAAAUAUUUGUUACUGGGCCAUGAUGAGAACUCUCCAGAUCAGAAUGGCAUUGUAGCAGACAAAAGCAGCCUUGUGAUACAGUGGAGGGACACAUGGGCCAGGCGUCUGAGAAAGUUCCAGCAACGAGAAAAGAAGGGGAAGUGCAAGAAAGCCUAGAAGGAGAAUCAGAGACAAGAAAAGACUGCACAUCCUUUUGUGUCAGAGUCGGAGCAGAUGGGGUGGGAUUAGGGACACUGGCAAGAAACUCACUUUGCAAUUUGUAUGCAACUGGGUGGGGAGUACAAGUGAGGAAUUAAUAACCUGUGAGUCAUGCCCAUUUUGCCCCUCAUAAAUACAAAACCGACAAAAAAAUAGUGAGAAAACUAAUGUAAGACCCUACUCACCAUAGUAACAAAUGUUAGAUCAGUUACUACUUCCCAUCCUCCCAUUUGAUUUCCUUCUUUCACGCUCAGAUUAUUUUGGUCUGAAGGAUGAUGAACUGCCUUAAAUUCACCACAUCAACUACUUCUCAAGUCCAAACAGAAGAACCAUCCAACCUGUCACUGCAACUUGAGAGUCAACAAAAGAAUGAUACUGAACAGAAACUGUCUUCUUAAUAUGUCUCCACUUGCAAGAAAUUGAAUCAGAUUGCUCUUGGUAGGAAGAAUGGAUGCAAGGGACUAUUGGCUUAAAAUUGAUUAUGGGGCUAUAACUGCAUAAUCAGUAGAUAGUCUGCUGGAUGUCUCUUCUAUCAUCUGUCACACAGCAACUUACAGACUGGGCCAGCACAUGAGAGAACGCUUGGUUGUAAGCUCUGACAUACCAGCUAUUCUAAACAAGAGCAAUCACAGGUGGGUGAAAUGUACACUAAACUAAAUUCUUACUGUCCAUAUCAAAAAUGCAAUCUGGUACUAAAGAAAAAAAGAUGAGAAUUGUGAAGAAGGCUGCAUUUAUGGAACAGUUGAAUAAUGGAUACCUACUGAUGCCUAGAAACACACUAGUCAACACUCAGCUGAAAGAAGGGUCAAUUACCAGACCUGGCUUUUUAAAAAACCCUCUUGCAGUGCUGCAUUUGUGAACACAACUCCAUCAAAAGAUAACCAGUUUUCUUUUUCUUUCUGAAUUCAUCAGAACAUGAAGCAAAUGCUGUCUUAAUAUAAUAGCUGCUUUUUAAACAAUCAAUAAUCAUCUCAAGUGCGGAAAGCAGAAGUUACAUUGGACAGAUCCCACACUGAUUUUUCUCUUGAGAUAACACCGUGUGAAUACUUCAGCUGCCAGAUCAUGGGAGCAUGUAUUCUGAAAGUGUGCAAUGAAAUGCCAUCUCUCCACAUUAGUGUCCAUUGUGGUCAUUAAUAUCUCAUGUAAGACUCCUAUAAUGCUGCUGUCUCUAUCAGACAAGUUUCUGAAUUGCACAUAAUCUUAUGUGCUGGCUGAAUUUAUCAAGAUUUUAUCUUACCUCUUUGCAUGGAUGAAGAGAAGGGGGAAAGAAUCAUAGAAGUCUUACCACUGCUUAUAAGGAUAAAAAAAGAGUCAUCGCUGAUUAAUCCUUCUGUUUUUAAGAGCUUACUAUAUGUAGGUUUAAUUUCUUACUUGUAAAUUUUGGGACUGACUAUAAUUUAGAAUGAGGGAAUCAUCCUAUCACAUUUCUCCUACAGAAAUUCUCUGUUCUUCUUUAAACAGAAAAGUUGGCAGUGGGCAUUCUCUUCUAUAUUAUGUUCACAAGAAGUGAGCUUUAUGUUCAUACAAUCUCCACUUCUCCUACAAGCAAACCAGGAGGGCUGUCUGGGUAGGCAGUUCAUGUAUAAGCUCAGGGAUGCCUGUCCUGCAAAACACAAACUUCCCCAUGUUUCUUAUUAGGAAACUUGGAAGCAUCCUCUUAAUGAAAUUUUCCAGUGGUUUUGCCUUGUUUUAUAGUCACUGACAAUAUUUAUAUAUAUGACAAAAACUAUCAUAAAAUAAACUUCAGCACAGAUAAUUGUAAAGUGGCCAGAUGCCAUGGAAAUAGAUGGUAUGGGGAACAGGAGACCUUGCUCCCAGGAAGGAGGAAAAUACACUGGCUUAGCCACUUUGCACACUUGCAAAAACUUCUGGACUCCUUUUUCUAUGAGCUGAAUUGCUGACAAAAAAAUACAUGGAACAUUCCCCCCAGCAUUGGUGUCUGUGUCAACACAGUUCACAUCAAUUCUAAUUUUGAACCCAGAAGGGAUUUUAUUUACCUUUUGGGAAAGCAGAAAAAUGGCUCAGUGUAUAAAACAAUGGGAAUGAAAAUAAAUAUCAAUUUCACAUUUAAAUAGUAGAAUGGGUGUUACCAACUGAGAUGGGAAUUUACAUUGUGGGCACUUCACUCCAUAAUACAUGGCUAUGAUUUCCCUCUUGAAUUCUAUUCCUUGCAAGAAAUGUUACGCAUUGGGCAAUAUUAAAAAAUGGCGCUCUCCCAUCCCACUUUCUGAUACAGCCCAUUUUACCAACUCAUCAUGGAGAUCAGAUCAAAGUCCAUACAUUCCAAAACAUGCCUCUUAGGAAGUAUGUGGCUUUCAAAGAUUUUAUAAUUUCCAAUAUUGAUUUGCCUGCUGAGGGAUGUUCAUGAUAAUAGAGGCCCCUUAUGUGCAGUUUAGCUGGGGCUUUUUGGAUUAACCUCAGUAAAACAUCUCCACUUUCUAUUCUCAGCUUGUUCAUCAUAUGAGGAUGAUAUCCAGCAUAACUGAAUUUAUCAAAAUUAAACUUCGAUAAGUUUAACGUUUUCUAGGUCAUUGUAGUAUUCCUAGGAAUACCAGCUGAAAUCCUCUGCUAUUUUUGCUCAAACUCCUGCCUUAGGUUUGCAAGAUUAAUGAUGUAUGCAUGCAUGUAUAUACAUACACACAUAUAUGCACACACAAACCAUGUACAGUAGUUGCAACCAGAAAAUUAAGGAAUAUUGUGUAAAAGCAGGCUGGAUGCCUCUAAUGUGUGCAAAAACACCAGUUUCAGACACACAGAAAUUAUGAUUGGCAACUCAUGUCAUCCACAUAGACAGGUGACCAAAACUUAAAGUAACCUUAACCAUGAUACAUUAUUGCAGAAAAUGGCAAGAUGUUGUCAAAACCAUGGAAAUGUGAUAUUGAUAGCUAUGAUGGAGUGACAAGACAAAAAAGGCUAAACACUAUUCUCAGAGAGGCACACUGCCUUCAAGAAUUGAUAGUGGUUUCUAAAUAUGGGUUUGAACUAAUUAAAACUGGUUUCCUUUUGGAUUGUCCUCAUUUAAACUAGGUCUAUAUUUAUAGUUUUUUCAGGUUGCAUUCUCUGAAAGAAUCAACCACCUCUAGUACCACUCUUUCUCUAUGAGAGAUAAAUAUAAUCAGCAUCUGCAGUUUAAGCUCCUCAGAGGAAGAAUAGUAAGCUUGUAGCUGUUGAGCACUUUAUACCUAUCCCUCCAAAUCUAGCCAAGAUCAACAGGUUGACUCCCAAUUGUUUUUAGCAGCCAAGCCAGAGAACUCAAGGUCAGUGAUACCAAGCUUUUACUCUGGCACAAAGUAACAGGGAAUCCACUAUCCAGAGAGCAACUUGGAAAUGAAUAGGGGGGGGGGGAAAUGAACAAACCAGCAAGUGAAAGAAAGGGAAUUUAAUGAUGCCUGAUCCAGAUUUUACCACGAAACACAAAGUUGACCCAUUGUUCAUUAAAUUAGUGGAAAAACUCUCCCCUGGGUCAUGUCCUAGGAAAAAGCUCUGCACUGUGUUGUAUUGGACUUUGUGUAUCCAGGAUGUAUGAAAACAAGGCACCCAUUUAGAGUCAAAAUGCAGACUGACCAAUGAUUAGUAGCAGUGAUGAGGUACCUUUCCCCAUUUAGUAAUCCUUUUUUUCAAAAGACUUGGGUCAUUUUUGCUGAGGUUGAACAUACCUUUUUGCUUUUUUGGCUUUGCUCUUUUUUUUUUUUUUGGCUUUUGGUAUGACUCCAUUUAUUUUUCAUACAGAUCCUGCUGACUAAAGAUAAGUCAGGACUUUACAGAAGCCUUGGUUUGUUUUUUUUAAAGAUUCUUUGGCGUUGUGAGGUAGCCCAGAAAACUAGAACAGCAUUAGGGUGAACUGUUAGCAAAGCAUAUGGCUGGAGUGAGAGACAGAGAUUACCAAGAGUACAUAAAGUUUAACCAGGUCAUAGAUUUUUAGAAUUAUUAAUGGCCAUUACAUUCAAGCUCAGAAAUACUGGAGUUAAGUCAGAAGCUACGUAGUUCCCUGAAAUCUUAAAAAAAAAAGACACAUUUUUCUGGGCUUGUGCACUACUUUGUCUGAUUUGCUAGUAAUGUAUAGAACUCAUAUAAAUGCUACAGAAAUUGUUCCUCAAGUUUCAAGUAAUGUGUUGGGCAGUCUGAUGAAAUGAUUUCCCUUGAAUGUAUACACAUUUCAAGGCAAAUUGGGGAAAAAAGGGCCAAGCCUAUCAGCAGCAGGUCAAAAGAAAGUAAAUCUCUCUAUCUUGAUUUACAGAUGGGUAACAUCUCUGGUUAACAAGGUGUUUGGAUUGCAAAUCUUGGUAAGAUAUUUUUUUGACAGUGCCUUUGUUGUCAGAUCCAGCAUUUUGACUACAAAGCAGCAAACAUAGUUGCAAUCCUAUGCAUAAAUGUGGGAGGCAAUUUGUGUUUGCUUUUUGAAGUAUUCAUAACCACUAUAUAAUCAUUCAACAUGUUUAUAAAACAUAUAUGAUCAUGGUGCCUAAUCCCUUUCAGAGAGUUAAAAAACCUCUUACCUUCUAUAAUAACACAAAUAUUCUGAAAAGCUGUGAAAGGUGAUAGUGGUAUCAGCUAGCAAAUGGAGAAGAAACUACAAAAAAAUCACGGCUGAUUGUAGAAUUAGUACAAAAUGUAAAAUAGCUAGGGUGCCGAAUCUGUAUAUUAAUCAAAAAUAUAAUAUUCUAGAAAAUGUUAUAACAAUCCUGAUUCUGCCUAAAGUAGUAAGAAAAUCCUUUUGUUUGUUCAAUAGUGUCUAUCUUGACAUGAUUAAGGGCUUGUUCUGUACUUCUAUAUACAGUAAAUAUAGCUUCGUAUACAUAACUAUACCUCCCUAUAUUUAACAGACCAUUUCAGCUUCAAAUUAAAAAAAACAGAAAAGAAUAAAACAAAAACUGUCACAAUACUUUAGGCUAUUUAUUGGUAGAGGCAUAAUUCUUGCCACAUGAUCAAGUGUUCUCAGGAGGCAGCAUAUAACCAGAUUCACAUCAUAUAUUUUCGAGCUGGUAAUUUUAUUUGAAGGCCAAUAGUUACGCAAGAGGAUACCCCUAAUACAACUAAAGUUUAUGGGCCUAGAAUAGGGCAAGGGCACUCUAUCAAAUGUAAUGGCUUAGACAGCUGGAAAGCUUUCUAAACUCCUACCUAGAAUAAUGCAACCUUGCAUUGUUUAUGACAACUUUGCAAUUUUAAGACACACAUUUUAAUUAUAAGGAAAUCAUCUUAUUUUUCUAGAUGGGAAAAGUACCACUAGCACACAUACAAAGAGAUGUAUGUAUCUGCAGUAGAACCAACUGGUGCCUUACACCUGCUUUAAAGAAAUUGAUAGGAGGGGGUUGUCAAGACUACUGAUAUAAUCUCUAAUGUUGAGGCACUCUUGAGAACAUUCCAAGCUCUGUGUUAACAGGACAGAAAUGCAACAUAAACCAUUCAGAGAAGCAACUGAAAUCUUCAGACACUUGCAACUCACAAGUAACACAGCUUUCUUCCCAUUUUUACUUGGUCCAUUGUAUGGUCGUUCCCUUGAUCGCCUUAACUUUUCCCCUCAUUGCACAGGGAUAAGAAUCCUGUGUUCUGAUUAUUCCUGUUAAUAAUUAUGAACUGUAAAUGUUGCUUAGUUAUGACCUUUGCAUAUAGUUUUGCGACAAUGUUUCUUUACAAUGCAUACUAAUAUAUUAUGGUUAUAUAUAUAUGAAUAUAUUUAAUGACAUGUGGGAAAAAAAGUUGUGGAUUUUCUUAUUUACCCACCCUUCAUUUACCUUCAUUUGUUAGAUGGGAUGAUAUAAUGAACCAGAUGGAGCAUGUAACAGUGCAGAAUCCACUUGAUAAGACUAAAUCCAGACAUCUGUCAAAUAAACCCUUAUAAACCUCUA